CACGACUCUAUUUAUAAAUAAAGUAAUUUGAUCACAAUGCUCGCUAGUUUUGCCCACGUGUGUGACAGAAAUUGACAAAAUUUACGAAACCAAAGCAUCAAAGUCGAAUUAAGUGCCAUGGGUCGUAAAGGGCAGCCGUUGAAAUCUAGAAAACCGGCGAAAACAAAAAACCAACGAAACAAAGUGUCGAAGGAGGAAAAAGAAAUACAGGAAAAUGUAGAUAAAUUAUUAAGAAUCAGCACUAUACCGCAGCAAGGUAACGUAGUGAACGCGCUUAAAAACCAAAAAGAAAUCAGUGCCAUUGUGGAACAAGUUAAAAAAUUGGAAAUAAAUAAAGAUUCGAAGAGCUCGGCCGAUAACCGGGCAAGUGGCGCCACCAUCGAGAAUUUUACGAAGUGGGUGAAGGAGAAUGGCGCGCAAUUCAACGGGUGCACAAUCACGGAAUUUAAAGGCUACGACUUGGGAAUUAAAGUCAACACCGAUAUACCGCAAUCCACUUUAGUUUUAGCGAUCCCCAGAAAAGUAAUGCUAACAGUGGAAAGGGCUAGCGAUAGUAUACUUAAGAAUCUAAUUAAGAAUGACCAAAUUCUUAAGAAUAUGCCCAAUGUAGCCCUGGCAAUUUAUUUAUUGUUGGAAAAAUUUACUGAUAACUCGUUCUGGAAACCAUAUCUAGACAUCCUACCAAAAAGUUAUACCACUGUUCUUUAUUUUACCAUUGAAGAACUGGAGGAAUUAAAAGGAAGCCCAACUUUGGAGAUUGCCCUAAGGCAAAUAAAAAGCAUCGCAAGGCAAUACGCCUAUUUUCAUAAGUUAUUUUCCACAUCUGACGAUCCGGUAUGCCAAAUCAUGCAAGAGAAAUUUACUUACAACCAGUAUUGCUGGGCUGUUUCCACAGUAAUGACCCGUCAGAAUACCAUACCAGCGGUAAACAGUGACCAAAUGAUCAACGCACUGAUACCUUUGUGGGAUUUAUGCAAUCACACCAACGGAACGAUUUCUACUGACUUCAACCCUCAACUAGACCAAUGCGAAUGCUUGGCACUAAGGGACUUUAAAAAGAACGAACAGUUGUUCAUAUUUUAUGGUGCGAGAAGCAAUGCUGACCUAUUUAUUCAUAAUGGGUUUGUCUUUGAUGAUAAUGAACAUGACGGCUAUUGGAUUAAGUUGGGAAUAGGAAGAACCGACCCGUUACAAGAAAAACGCUUGGAGGUACUUAGGAAACUGUCCAUUAAUGGAUCAGCGGAUUUUGUUAUCAAAAAAGGGGCCCGUCCAGUCGAUGGCAAGCUUUUGGCCUUCCUUAGAGUUUUCAACAUGAAUCAAGAGCAACUGGAUCAUUGGUUGGAAAGCGACAAAACCGCAGACCUAGAGUACAUAGAAUGUGCCUUAGAUACGGUCCUGGAGAAAAAAUCGUGGACCUACUUGCAGGAUCGUCUUAAGUUACUUAUGGCCUCCUACAAGACCACAUUGGAAGAGGAUUUAAAAUUAAUUAAAACCGACAUAACGGACAAUCGAAAACUUGCAGUUAAAAUGAGAAUUUCAGAAAAAAUAAUUUUGAAGGAAACUGUUGAGUAUAUUGAGCAAUAUAUCACGCAAUAGGAUUUUUUUUAUUUUUUAGUUAAUUUACUUGUUUUUUACUUAGAUUAAAGAGUGAGGAGUUAACUCUUUAAUUUAAGGUUUAUUUUUAUUAUUUAUAUACUUAACUUAUUUUGACAUUCAUUAAAUAUUUUACAUGACACUGCAACGUUUAAUAAAUGUUUAAAUGUUACCAUUUCGUGCCAAUAAGCAAUACAAUACCAUAACCUAAUAUUCACUGUUAAAUAAUUUUAUUGCGUUGUUUUUACGCGGCCAUAUUUUUGUUUUACUUUAUUUAUUUCAGCCAUCAAAGUUAUUUAUUGUACUUAACAAUACUAUUAAAUUUAACAAUAAAGAAUAUCUAAAAAG